AUGCGAUAUCUCGCUUCAAUCGUGCCACUUUUGGCCACAACUGCAGCUGCAGCCGUCAUUCAGAACGUCCCCCGAGCUGCAAUUACAGGAAAUCCCUUCUCGGGCUAUCAACUCUACCCAAACACAUACUAUGCAUCAGAAGUCUCAGCCUCGGCCCUGCCAUCAAUGACAGGAGCAGCCGCAGCUGCAGCAAGCAAAGCAGCCCAGGUGCCAUCGUUCUUCUGGCUAGAUACCGCAGCCAAAGUCCCGACAAUGAGCACCUACCUGGCAGAUAUCAAAGCCAAAAAUGCCGCUGGUGCUAGUCCCCCAAUUGCGGGCACAUUCGUGGUAUACGAUCUUCCUGAUCGGGACUGUGCCGCUUUGGCAAGUAACGGGGAGUAUUCAAUUGCCAAUGGGGGAGUUGCAAAAUACAAGGCUUAUAUUGAUUCUAUUCGGGCUAUUUUGCUUCAGUACUCUGAUGUUAGGACGAUUCUGGUUAUUGAGCCUGAUAGCUUGGCUAAUUUAGUCACCAACAUGGCUGUUUCCAAGUGUGCUAAUGCCCAUGAUGCUUAUUUGGAAUGUACCAAUUACGCAGUUACGCAAUUGAAUUUGGACAAUGUUGCCAUGUAUCUCGAUGCUGGACAUGCGGGAUGGCUUGGUUGGCCAGCCAAUUUGAGCCCAGCAGCAACACUUUUCGCACAGGUAUAUAACAAUGCCUUGAAGCCUGCAUCACUCCGAGGACUGGCCACAAAUGUUGCCAAUUACAACGGCUGGUCUCUGUCUACGUGCCCAUCGUACACCUCGGGUGAUUCCAACUGCGACGAGAAGAGAUAUGUUAAUGCAAUUGCCCCCCUUCUCUCGAGUGCAGGCUGGGAUGCUCACUUCAUUACUGACACUGGUCGAAAUGGUGUCCAACCUACCCAGCAGAAUGCCUGGGGUGAUUGGUGCAAUGUGAAAGGAACUGGAUUUGGUGUUCGCCCGACUACUACUACCGGUGAUGCGCUUGAGGAUGCGUUUGUUUGGGUGAAGCCUGGCGGCGAGAGUGAUGGCACUUCGGAUAGUAGUUCGGCUCGCUACGAUGCUCACUGUGGAUACAGUGAUGCUCUUCAGCCUGCUCCUGAAGCUGGAACCUGGUUCCAGGCGUACUUCGCUCAGCUUAUCGCAAACGCAAACCCCUCAUUCUAA